UGAAGAUGGCGCCAGUGUUUCUGUUUUCAUGCAUUUCUGUCCAUCUAAAACAAUUUUCAUCUAAAUUACCGUGUUUUCACUAGAUAUUUUGCAAAUUCCUGAAAAAUGGGUUUAGGAAUUUUGCAGUUUGCACGAAAAUAUAGUUCCACUAAAUGUGUCACCUAUUUUACCACACCGAUCUACUAUGUGAAUGCAGAGCCUCACAUUGGCCAUUUAUACAGCUCGGUAAUAGCGGACGCUUCAAAGAGAUGGACGCAGAUUCUUCACAGAGACGCCAAAGUAAUGUUAUCGACUGGUACCGAUGAACAUGGCACAAAAAUUCAACGUGCUGCCAAAGUGCAUCAAACCACAUUAAGUGGAUAUUGCGACAAAAUAUCUUCUCAAUACAGAAAACUGUCUGAUGAAUUCAACGUGGAUUACACCGAUUUUAUUCGAACCACUCAGGACAGGCACAAGGAAACUGUACAGAACUUUUGGAAUGUUUUGGCUGAAAAAGGCCUAAUUUACAAAUCAACUUACCAAGGCUGGUAUUGUGUCCCGGAUGAAACGUUUCUGAGCGAUUCCCAGCUGAACGAAGUUGAACGAGAUGGACAAAAACUGUUGGUGUCCGCAGAAAGCGGACACCCAGUAGAGUGGAGCGAAGAACCCAAUUAUAUUUUCAGGCUCAGCGCCUUUAAAGAUGACUUGAUCUACUGGUUGAAGAAGAACGAAAAGGCGGUAGUUCCUCACAAGUUUCACAAAAUUUUGCUGGACAUCAUCCACUCAGACAAUGCUCUGGAUGAUAUUUCAGUUUCCAGGCCAUCUUCAAGGGUUCACUGGGGCAUUCCUGUUCCAAAUGAUCCAGACCAAACGGUUUAUGUUUGGCUUGACGCUCUGGUUAACUAUCUAACAGUUGCAGGAUAUUCGCAGAAUCCAACUGAUAAAUUUCCACAGGUUUGGCCGCCAGAUGUUCAAGUGAUUGGAAAGGAUAUUUUAAAGUUUCACGGGGUGUAUUGGCCAGCUUUUCUCAUGGCUGCCGGCUUGGAGCCGCCUCGAUGCCUUCUGUGCCAUUCCCAUUGGACAGUUGAUAGCGAAAAAAUGUCCAAAUCAAAAGGAAACGUUGUGAAUCCAAUGGAGAAAUCGGAUGUUUUUACUGCCGAUGGUUUAAGAUAUUUUCUGCUGCGCGAAGGUGUUAACCACAGCGAUGGCAAUUAUGGCAAUAAAAAGGUGAUUCAACUGCUGAACGCGGAAUUAGCGGACACUUUGGGCAAUUUAUUGAGCAGAUGUUGCGGCAAGGCCCUCAACCCCGAUCAAGUAUUUCCCAAAAUGCACCCUCAAAGCUUUAGCAAAAUUUCGUCAAUGCAAGCCACCAGUAUACUCUUGAAGAACGUUGAACUACUCCCGACCGUUUGCCAGCAACAUUACUCGGAUUUCAACUUCUACAAGGCAGCUGAUGCAGUAAUAGCCGCGCUGCAUGCAGCCAAUGUGUUCUUUGAUACUCUCAAGCCAUGGGAGUUGAGGAAAAGCGACAGCACAAUCGACGAACUUCACGUAGUUUUACAUCUUUGCUUCGAAACGCUUCGAACUGCAGGCAUUCUACUGCAACCCUUAAUGCCCAACAUCAGUGAUAGUGUACUAAACAAGCUAAACGUGCCUAGAAGCGACAGGUUUUUCGAUAAUUUGCAGCAGUUUUCUUGGCAGGAUGAGCGUUUUCAAACUAGGCCUUUGGGGGCUGAAGGAAGCAUUUUGUUUAAAAGAAUUCUUUUGGAUGUUGCAAAAAACAAAGCCGCAAGUCACAAGUGAAAAUACUGCGUUAGUUUCUAUGAAACUUUGAAAAACGUUUCUUCUUUCUUUUGUUUGUUGAACAAGUACAACUAUAGGUACUUUUUGUAAAUACACUUUGAUGUUUCCCAGUA